AUGCGGAUCAUCUAUAGUUUUAAAUCGUGGAGGCAGAGUGAACAAGUGCAGCCGUGGAAGUUUUCUACUGUGACGGUUCUGAUUGUGGAUGAAGGAAGUUUGGUGUCUGUACACGUUCUUAGUUUAGUUUUAAAAAUCAUGUGUGAGCACGCUCAGCUUGCCAAACUUAUUAUUCUAGGUGAUACUAGGCAGCUACCGAGCAUAGAGCCCGGAAACAUGUUAGCUGAUAUCUUUGAGGGUCUGAAAUCAAGAGGCUUUUCUGUGGAGCUGCGAACUAAUCACAGAGCUGAAUCGCAACUAAUUGUAGAUAAUGCAUCAAGAAUCUCUCACCGGAUGCUUCCUGAAUUUGAUGAGGUGCUGAAAGUUUCUGAUUGGAAUGAGGAAACGACAAUGCCAAGCCCGGAGAAGAAAUUCAUUCUUAUUGCUUUGCCUGCUGGUGGGGGUUGUGACAAUUUGCAGACUGCUAUAAGGACUUUACUCAAAAGAGGACCAGGACUGCAGGAUGCCAAACAGUCGCAGUUCAUUGCUUUCCGAAGGCAAGAUUGUGAUCUAAUAAAUGAGCUUUGUUGCCAACACUAUUCAAAUCACGUAACCAGAGACCACAAAAACCGUCUUUUAUUCCAAAUUGACGACAAGAUCUCCUGCACGCGGAACACGUAUCUGAAGGAUCUCUUGCCAGACCGUGGUUUGGGAGAGGGUCUGAACUCCCACCAAUGCAGAAGUGGACAAACCUCCCUCACCACCGAGACCGCUGAGGACAAACGACUGUGCAACGGAGAUAUAUUUUUCAUAACAGAUGAUGUGGAAAUUGAUAAACGGCGCUUAUUGACCAUCAGCGGCACAGACGGCUCCACUUUCACUGUGAGGUACAGGGCACUGAAGAAGCUGUGUCAGAUAAAGCACGCGUGGGCCAGAACUAUCCACACGUUUCAGGGGUCUGAGGAAAAAACUGUUGUCUACGUGGUUGGCAACCCCGGCCGUCAGCACUGGCAGCACGUGUACACAGCCGUGACCAGGGGACGCUGCCGUGUCUAUGUCGUAGCCGAAGAGGUGCACCUCAGGAGAGCAGUCACCAACAAGAAGGUGCCCAGAAAAACCCGCUUACAGAGAUUUUUGAGAGAGGCCAUCGCAGAAACGAGCAACUGUCCCACACAGGCUUCCCCUCCCCCGACGAAGAGCUGGCAAAGACAAGAGGCUGAGACUCCCUCCGUUUCCGUAACUCAAGGUGCUCCUGACCUGCCUCAGCCUCUCACUGGCGUCUUUAAACAGGAGAGCUCAGCAGCUCCCAGUAAAGGGCAGACAGGCCAUUUUCAGCAAAGUCCAUCUAAAAGACAACAGAGUCCUGCAGAGAAUUCCGAAGAUCCUCUGAAAGUACCCCCCACAACAGUAGAAGAUUCCCCGCUUGGGUCUUCUAGACUUAAGAGUCUAACUUUGGGACAACCAACUCCUAGGAAGCUUUUCAAAAGCUAACAAACAAUCAACUCUCCCUUGAACCUGUUUCAUUCAAGAUUUUUGGAUGGGAGAAGCUGGCUACGCAGCUGAUAUUCAAAGGUAUUCCUGCAUUUGCAUCUUCUAUGAAGAACAGCUUGUUUUAAAGGGAGCCUUCUAUAUUUUCAGGGAUCUGGUUUUAGUGGGAGAUUUCUUGGUGUGUUGGUCAUCAAAAAUUACAUUGUUCUUUUGUUUUGGUGAAGAAUGAACUUACAGGUCUUAAAAGAUCCAGAUGUUCCCUUAAACCUAUACAUGGGCUUUCUUGAUGUAAAGGUUCUAGCUAUCCAUACUGAGAGGUACCCAUCUCCUAAUGCUACAGCAUCGAUGAGAAGCUGUUACUGAUGUGCCAAAAUUGCAGUUUCCUCGAGUCACAAAACAGCUUACAAAGGGGGCUUCGGAUUUUUCCACUGGGUCAGAGUUACAGGCGUGAAGCUUUGAUGGAUUAUGGAUUUUAAUCUUGUUAUAAAUAGAACAAGAAAGUUGCAAUCAGAGCUGUAGGAAAUUUCUCCUACUUUGUACCUGGAAGGGAUGUAAGGCCUUCCCGUUGCUGCUCUGCAUCAUGGUAAGAAAAGCAAAAUUCAAAUAACAUUCCACUUCCUACCUUUGUGUACUGUGGGAUUUGCCGCAUUCUAAUUUUUGAGAUUAAGAAGAUGAAUGUAUAUUCAAACUUCAGACAAAUUGUACUACAAUUUGGGCAGCUUCUUUGCUUUCAACUUUGUUUUUCCUGUCAUAUGUGUGAAAAAAACCAAAAGUACCACGGAUCCACAAA